UAAACGGAACGUACCAUAUUUAUUGACAAAAUGUGAAAAACUUGAAGAGAAAAUUGGAAAAUCUGGAAAAGAAAUGAAAAUGAUUUGUGCUAUAGCAGCAUUUGACUUUUUGUAUUUUUACACGAUUUAAUGUUUCAUUAAAUAUUUAGUCAAAAAUGCUAGAAUCAUAAAUACAGGUGGAAAACUUAAGUGGAAAGGGAAAAGGCACUUGAGCGACAUUAUGAAGAGACAAAACGUCCGCACUUUAUCUUUAGUGGUGUGCACUUUUACAUACCUCCUCAUUGGUGCUGCAGUGUUUGACGCUCUCGAAUCAGACACAGAAAGUAAAAGAUGGGAGGUUCUAACUGACAUGAAAAAUGGUCUGGUCCGCAAAUACAACAUUACUCCAGAAGACUACCACAUGAUAGAGAUCGUUAUAAUAGAGAAUAAGCCACACAAAGCCGGGCCACAAUGGAAGUUUGCCGGGGCGUUCUAUUUUGCCACGGUAGUCCUCGCCAUGAUCGGUUACGGGCAUUCUACACCAGUCACAGUUGGAGGAAAAGCCUUCUGUAUGGCUUAUGCUGUGGUAGGCAUACCCCUAGGCCUAGUAAUGUUCCAAAGUAUAGGUGAGCGUCUGAACAAAUUCGCGUCUGUGGUGAUCCGACGCGCCAAAUGUUAUCUCCGCUGUAAUACCACCGAAGCCACAGAAAUGAACCUCAUGUUCGCAACAGGCAUGCUUUCGUCAAUUAUUAUAACCACUGGUGCCGCCGUGUUCUCUCGAUACGAAGGCUGGAGUUACUUCGACAGCUUCUACUACUGCUUCGUCACGCUCACCACGAUCGGCUUCGGGGACUAUGUGGCAUUACAGAAUGACCAAGCUCUGACAAGCAAACCAGGGUACGUGGCGUUGAGUCUGGUGUUCAUUCUCUUUGGCUUAGCGGUGGUCGCGGCUAGCAUCAACCUGUUGGUACUUAGGUUCAUGACCAUGCAAGCCGAGGGUAAUACGCGCGAUGAAGAUAAGGAGGGCUCGCGAACUCUACUACCUAUAGAUGCGCACAUCGCCGGCAGAAUACGAUCCCACGAUGACCAAGCAUCUGUGUGUUCGUGUAACUGCUUGGGCAACAAGCAGUGCGAGGGCGGAGCCCUACUGGCGCCCGCUCGCCAUCGGCUGUCGCGGGCGUCGCUCACGCCCGACCUCAUUGAAAGGGCUUCGGUAUAAACGCUUCAGACAUUUAUAAGAAGGAAGUAGGUACCUAUAAUAAUUUAUCUAACAAUGCGUGUACGCCGUACAUAUAUUUUACAUAAAAUGUGUACUAAGUAUGUUGUGAAAAAAAAAACAAUGGCAUGUAAACUUGUGGGAAUAUGAUUAAUAUCAUUAAUAAUACCUACCUGCC